AUGGUUGCUCGCUUGCGUGCAAGUAGUCCAGAAUCACGGGAGGAGUUAAUCAAGCACCUUGAACAGAUAUUGGAGUUUGUGCGAGCUUCGGAAAAGGGUGUAUCUAAAUAUGCUAUCGCCUUUCCAAAAAAUGCAGGCGCUUCAAAUGAAGUCUAUAUGAUAGAAGAGUACAACGAUCAACUGGCACUGCAGAGUCAUAUGGCCACACAGCCUGUCCAGCAGCUACUGACAUUAUUCUCCUCCGGGACGCUCCUUCAGUCAUCUCCAGAGAUAUACUCGUUAGAGGAGAUCGCUGCCGUUAUGAAUGGAUCGAGAAGAAAUGGUAGAGGUUCCACCAUCCUCUUCUCACUAGCUAGUAUUCCGGCGGGUGGCAUCGAUCGACUUCAAGGCGAUCUGGAGAGAAUACGGAAUCUCAACGACGGUGUAUUCCUGGGAAUAUAUGGAGAAACAAGCACCCCUGACUCUGUCUAUUCUAUCGAGAUGUAUGACACCCCCACGGCUCGGGGAAGUCCAUCCACUAUCCACAGCCAACUGGGGAUGGAAACAAGCAAGUCUCACGUGCUGCAGCUGGCCGAUGGUUUUCUUGCGCGAGACCAAGCAUAG